AUGGAAUGGGGCGCGUGGAAGUCUAACGCAAAUGAAAACAAACUUAAUCCGGGUCAGAUUCAUACUAUACCCGGCUUACCAGAAGAAACGCACAUCGCGUACCAUGACCUCACGCGCCACCAUAAUCGGCCUCCACAGACAUCCACCGGCCGAGGAGGUGGGCCACCUAAACCAGGAGAUCAACCGCCGAGGGUUCCAUUAAUAGAGGGCUCAAUCGCCUUAAUGUUCAACACGUGUGAUGAUCUAGAACAUCCAUUCAUCAAUUACUUGGAGAAUCAAAUGGGAAUUCCAGUAUGGGGCAUCGGCCCGCUCUUUUCCGACAAGUAUUGGGCGUCUAUCAAGUCCAAUACAUUAAUCCACGACCUCCAAAUUAGAAACCUAACUUAUCAGAAAGAGGAUCAAGUAAAACAAUGGCUGGAUUCAAAAUCCCAGGAAAGUGUUCUAUAUGUAGCAUUUGGCAGUGAAUUGAGCCCUACAAACGAAGAAUUAAAUCAAUUAGCAAGCGCAUUGGAAGAAAUUGACUAUCCAUUCAUUUGGGUUAUUCAAAAUCGUCUAAAUUUAUCAGAAAAUGAAGAGAAAAGUGAAGGAUUUUUUGGAUUGGAUGAUAAAAUUGGUGAAAGGGGAUUGAUAAUUCAAGGUUGGGCACCCCAAUUGCUGAUUUUAAGCCACAAAUCAAUUGGGGGAUUUUUAUCCCAUUGUGGAUGGAAUUCAAUUGUGGAGGCGAUUGGACUUGGUGUUCCGAUUCUGGCAUGGCCGAUUAGGGGUGAUCAGAUUUAUAAUGCGAAGCUGGUGGUUAAUUAUCUGAAAAUUGGGUACCUGGCUUUGCCCAGUGGUUCGCCGGAGAUGGUGAAAAUGGACUUGUUGAAUGGAAUUGAGAAGGUGGCCCUCACUUUUCUCUUUAGUGUUUUUGACUUUUUAGAAACUAUACCAAACAAGUCCUAUAUAGCCCUUCUCGAUAAAUUCUUCCUGCUGAUGGAACAACUUGUAGAUGACUUAGGUUCAAUUGAGUCGGCGAACUACAGAAUGGAAAGGAGAGUGAGGGGAAUAGGGGGCAGCCCUCGGCCUGAUCAUCCAAUUCGCUCCAAGAGACAAGCAUGGCUCUGUAGUCAAAGCAACUUCGUCACUUUUGUGUACCCAUCGGACGGCAGCCCUUUCGAGGGUUCCUUAGGGACCGAUUCACUCUGCGUAUAA